UGCGUGAAGACCGAGAUUAUUUCCUUCCGCAAAUGUAAACAUUACUUGUUCUGGUUGAGUAUUUUUCUAGGUUCCAGUUCAAAAAGCAUUAAAGCUACUGAUGUGGUAUAUUGAUUAUUCAAAUUGAAUGAUACAAGUAUUGUGAAAUGGAAAUGAAAUUGGAUUAACUAUUUAAUCGAAGAUUGUCGAUUAAUAAAUAAUUGAGUUAUCAUGGUACUGUGGAAGUAACCUUAACAAUUAUGGAUGAACAUAGUGUAGAAAGCCUUGCGGAAGUAUUCCGCUGUUUUAUUUGUAUGGAAAAACUAAAAGAUGCGCAUCUGUGUCCUCACUGCUCAAAAUUGUGUUGCUAUACUUGCAUAAGGAGGUGGCUUACAGAGCAAAGAUCGCAAUGCCCACAUUGUAGAGCAUCCUUGCAUAUGCAUGAGUUAGUUAACUGCCGAUGGGUCGAAGAAGUUACCCAACAGCUGGAUACACUUCAAUUAGUUGGUGUAGUGAAAGGGGAUACUUCCGAAAAAGAAAUCUGUAAAACUCAUAAAGAAAAACUUAGCGUAUAUUGUUGGAAUUGCAAGCAAUGCAUAUGUCACCAGUGUGCAUUAUGGGGAGGAACUCACUCUGACCAUGUGUUUAAACCUCUUGAAGAAAUUUAUGAGCAACAUGUAACUCAAAUUAAAGAAGAGUUUGUACGUUUGAGACGACGUUUGGCUGAACUGAUAAGUUUAGUUCAAGAAGUUGAAAAAAGUGUAGAGAGUGUAAGAGUUGCAAAAGAUGAAAGAGUUCAUGAAAUACGCCAUGCUGUUGAGCAUAUGAUUUCUCGAUUGGAUGCACAACUGAAAAGCAAAUUACUUACACUCAUGGCACAAAAAAAUUCACUCUCUCAAGAGACAGAGCAACUGGAAACUGUUUUGAAAAGUGUUGAGCAGCAGUUAAAUACUUCCAGUAAAAGUGAAUUGAUUAUUCAGAGCAAUGAAAUUCUUCAAAAUAUGGCUGAGAUUCAGAGUAAACCCAUGGCUAGUUUUGUUACUGCUGCUGUUCCAGCUGAUUUCCCAAGUGAAAUAGUGCCAGCAUAUGAUGGAAGUACUUUUGUAAUGCAUAAUUUUAGUGUUUUGCAACAAAGAGCUGAUCCAGUGUACAGCCCUCCUCUGCAUGUGUGUGGUUUAACAUGGCGACUUAAAGUUUAUCCUGAUGGUAAUGGUGUCGUCCGAGGCAACUAUUUAUCGGUCUUUUUGGAAUUAUCUGCAGGUCUACCUGAGACAUCUAAGUAUGAGUAUAGAGUUGAAAUGAUCCAUCAGGCUUCGAGAGAUCCUUCAAAAACUGUUGUCAGAGAAUUUGCUUCUGAUUUUGAUGUUGGUGAGUGUUGGGGCUAUAAUCGCUUCUUCAGAUUAGAUCUCCUAGCCAGUGAAGGCUACUUGAAUACUGAACGUGAUACUUUAAUCCUAGGAUUUCAGGUACGUUCACCAACCUUUUUCCAAAAAUGCAGAGAUCAGAUGUGGUGUAUAAACCAAUUACAGACGGCUCAAGCUCAAUAUAUUACUCAGAUAAAUGAUUUAAAAGAGAGAUUAGCUAUUGAAUUAUCACGGAAUCAAGCAGCUUUGGCUGCUAAAAAUGAUUCAGAUAUACAAAUUCCAAUGCCAGAACAACCAUCUAGUUCUACUGGUAUUACAACAGCUUCUGUAAAUGUUUGUCCUCUUAUGUCUAAUGUAGCUGCAUCUCCAUUAAUAUCACCUACCUUUAGCAUUUCCUCACCUAUGCAACCCAUUUCUAAUUUUACAUCACUUUCGAGUAGUGAAUAUUUGAUAUCACCUAUUAGAAGUUCUUCUGAAACACCUAAAAAUGAAAAUAGUAUUGAUGAAAACAUCAAUAAAUCUUUAGAAAAAAGUAUUGAUAGUGAAGAUACAGUGAUUGGAAAUGAUGUACAGACUUCAGGUACAAGAAUGAAAGUAAAAUGUACUAAAAUAACCAAUCCUCAUGAACAUGAUUGUACACUAACUGAACAGGCCUAUCGUACACGCAAUCGAAUGAUUUGUAAUCAUCCCAAUGCUCAUAAAUGUCGCUAUAAAGAUACUGUUUUGCUAGAUUCAUAUGAUGCCUCUUGUGAAGCUGAUUCUUCGAGCUCUGAUAAUGAGAUUGUUAGUGAAUGUAAUAGUGAAGAAACUGCUCUUAAUAAUUCUGGAUGUGGUGCUGGUGCCACUGUUAACAUAGAAGAGAAUAGUAAUGAUGAAAAUGAUCUUGAUGAAGAAACAGUUUCAGAUGACUUAGAAUUUCAGCUCCCAAACAAAAGUGGACCUCGUCGUCAGCGCCUCCAUUCAUGGAAUUCUCUAAGUAAUCCACAUGGCAUCCAAAAAAAUUUAGAUCCCACAAAUGAAAGAAACAAUUUGUUUGAAAUUCCUUCUGAUGAUGAUGAAUCUGUGUUGCUGCGCUUAUUAGAGUUGCAGGAUCAAAAUCCUUUCCGUAAUUGGGCUUCAAGCUCUUCCAGAGAAUCCCAGAAACAUGGGGAAAAACAGAAGAACAAUCACAGUUGCCGCCACUCUUUACUUUUGUCUUCAUUAUUAGCCAACCAGUGUAUGAAUGGAGCUCAGUCAGAUCAACAAUCAUUACAUGCAUCUUCCUCACCUUCUACAGAACUUCCUACCCUUUCCAAGAUAAUUUCAUCUCGUAAGAAGUGGGAGAGUGGCAACAACAAUUGUUUCCGACUCUCUGAUAUUGAAAGGCCAAGUGCUGAACCAGGAUGCACAGUUAACUAUUCUGACAUACCUUCUUCUACUUAUUUAUUGGAUCAAUUUUCUCUUCAACCUUCAACAUCAAAUACAUUCACUACUGCACCAACUAAUGUCAAUGAAAAAAACAAUGAUACUGCUAGCAAGCAACACCAAAGGUUAAAAAAGAGCGAUGCUGCAGUGUCGAGUGACGAUUCUCGAAUAACAAAUUCAAGUGAAACAACCAAAAAUUGCAAUUUAUGGAUGCCGCAGUCUCACAAGCCUCUUCCAGGCCCGAAACCCAGUUGGGCUGUCUUACAAGGUGCUGCAAAAAGAGAACAUCCUAUUACUUCAUCUCACUCCGAGAAAAUGUCGCUGCUUAUCCAGAGUAAUCUUCUCCAUUCUGAUUGUGAAGCAAAUGAUGACUCUAGUGCAACCACAAGUAGCAGCUCAUCAUCAAAUGAUAGUGUCUGUGAAGUUACGAAUCCAAGUGUAAAAAAAGAUGGUUGAAUGAGAAAGGUGCUCUUGUUUUACUCUUGUUUCGAAAAUAUUUUCUGUCUCCUUUGUGUUAACUUAAUGAUAAUUCUUGUCAGGCAUAAAUAUUGGUAAGUUUUGCUCAUGGGAAUAUGCUUUUAUUGUCAAAGCAUGUAUUAAGUACAACAAUAUUAAGCUACAAAGAAGAAAAAAUUUUCAUAUUUUGCUGUGCUAUUGUUCUAAAUGUAUUUGUUGUUUACUUUAGCUUCUUUGAACAAAUGGGAAGCAUUAGGAUCUUCAUGGUACUUUGAUCACUUUUUUAUUGAUUUUGAAUAUAUAUUUAUAGCACAUUACAGUUUUAAUGGCAUUUAAAUAUGCACUUUUAAUUGAGUUGCCUCUCAGUAUUUUUUAGUUUGUAUAGUUUCAACUUUUUAACUGAUCUUUCUUCAUUAUUUGUUUAUAUAUGAUAUAUGGUUUUCAACAGAAUAUUUGUUUUUUUCCAUCAUAUUAGAUAUUUUAUCAUGUAAAUAAA